GUUGGGAUCGAUUACUACACCCUCAAAGGCAUUCUGCGCUCCUCUGGUUAUGCCUGAGAAGCGGGAUUGUUGUUGUGGUGCUGCUCCUCUGAUUUGUACCAAACGACAGUGCUACCGUUCUCCUCAGAGUAUGCUAAGAAGAAAAGUGUCGAGAAAAGGUAUUCGGCGAGCAACAACAGUUCUGCUUGUGUCAUGGCCGAGAGAGACAACAAAAACAAACUCAAGCGAAGUUUGUCUCUGUCCAAGAACAAGAAAAAAGGGAAUGUCCAAGCUGGGACUCCUGCCAGUGCUGCUGCCACCACAACUCCAAUCACCUCGUUCUUCAGCAGUCAGCCUCCACCCAAACUAGCAUGCCCCCUGUGUGGCCAGUUGGUACCAAGAUUCAAGAUCAAUGAGCACAUUGAUCUGCAAUGUCAGAACUUUGAGAGAGGAGACAGCAGUGCCGCCUCAGCAAGUAAUAGUGUUGUGCCAAGCAUCCAGCUGUCACCCAGCAGGAAUCUUCCAAAGUCCCCAGAGCUGGAUCGAAAUAAGGAGGAAGAAGUUAAAGAGACCCAGACCAGCCCUUAUUUCAAAAAGAACAACCACCAGCAGGCACCACGGGAGAUAAAAAGUAAAACUGUUGUCAGGACGAUUGACCUGGGAAGUCUCUCUUCCAAGUUAUCUAGGAAAUAUCAGAAGACACCAGAGAGGAAACAGACUGACGAUAAAAAUGCACCGAAGUAUCCUGAAAAAGAGAUACAUUCUGAGAACCUCAGCAGCUCACAGAAAGAAAAUCUUCUGAUCCCGAGUUUAGAAGACCAGAAAGAUUCUGUCGUUGACCUUACAGCAACUUGUACAGACACUCCAACAGCUGUGGAAGAUCUGUCGCAUUCAGAAAAAAGGCAUAAUCUUGAGCACAGUGCACCUAAAUCAGCCACUUUUCAAAAGCAGAUUACACCGAAGCUGCAGUCUUCCUCCACCAAGUUAGCAAAAAGAAAAAAAGUACAGACAUCCACUGGCAGAGUGUCUGAUUCCAAAAAGAAAGCAAAAUAUGAGGGGAGCAGCAGAGAGCCAGAGGAGGUGAUGUCUACAGAAAGUAUAGCAAAGACGACUGGUGUGGACCAGCUUAAAACUAAGGUACCUUUUACUACCACUACCUGUGACCCCCCUCAGAGCUCAGUGGGGAAAAGUGCUGCAGCGAUCAGUAGUGACUUAGUGCCAAAGUCUGGUGCUGAGAGCUCAACUACUGACCAGGCUGCCGACAACUCUCAUACCUCACGGCUUCCCUACUAUCUCCGUAACUUCCGGACCGUGCUACAGGCUGUCCUGGAGAAUGAGGACGACAGGGUGUUGUUCGACCAGCAUGACAUGUCAUUUGUACAUGCGUUUGAGAAGCUCACAGUCAUGGGGCAGAAGCUGUAUGUGAGACUUUUCCAGAGGAAACUGAAGUGGCUCCAAGUAAAUAAACUGGAUUAUGAAGAGAUAUGCAGCGAUCUGGGACCUGUGGCUCAGGAGCUGGUUCAGGGUGGUUUCCUAGAAUCAGAGAGCGACCUUCAGGAGUUAGGGGAAGCCCUGGAUCUCCUGCCUGCUCCUGAGCUCAAAGCUCUUGCUAAGACUUUCCAUCUGGGCAAUGCUGGGACUCAGAAACAGCAGCUAAUGGACGGACUUCUACGUCUGAGCAGGCAAAAGUCCUUCUUCUCUGUUUCUCCUGCUCAAAACAACAUCGGGGCUGUCAUCCUCAAAAGGGCAAAGCAGCUCGCUGGCUCCUGUGUGCGCCUGUGUCGAGGUCCUCGUGCUGUCUUCUCUCGCAUCCUGCUACUCUUCUCUCUGACGGACACCAUGGACGAGGAAGAGAUGGCAGCUGGUGGGCAGAACCAGCUCUUCACCAUCCUGCUGGUCAACUCAGGACGUCUGGCCUUCCCAGAUUACACAGUGCAGCGUACAGUGAAGGUGUUCCAGGACAGAGAGGAUCUCAUCAGAUAUGAAGCAUCCAUGCGAGCCCUGCUCGAGGUAACCUCAGCUAUGCAGGGAGGUCAGUGGGAAGAGGCCAUGGAGCUUUACACUGCUGCCAAAAGUGCCUGGCAGGAGCUGAGAAAAAACCAUGACCUCAGUCACCAGGAGGAGCUGCCUGUGUUUCUGCGCAGCUUCACUACAGGAUGGGCUUACACUCGUAUCUUAUCCAGAGGGGUGGAGAUUUUGCAGAGGCUACGUCGCUAUGAGGAAGCAACAGAGGAGCUCCGGUCCUUAUUGUCGCAGUCCGUUUAUUGUCUUGACAGCCGAGGCCGGUGGUGGGAUCGACUGGCGCUAAACCUCCACCAGCACCUUAAAAAACCUGAGCAAGCAAUCUGUGUGAUCAGAGAUGGGCUUUUAGACCCCCUGGUGCGAACUGGACAUAAACUGUCACUCCAUCAGAGAGCUUUGAGGAUGAAAGAGUCUGCCAGCUGCAAGAAAUAUCGCCUGCAACUAAGAGAACUGCCCACAAUACAAGUCCAAGAUGUCAUACAUGUGACAAUCAGAGGACAACUGUUCCCUCAUGAAGGAGGUAUGGGGAAAUCUAGGUUUCUUAUACCUGCAAAUGGAGAAGGGGAAGAGAGUGGUGAUGCCACUGCAAUAGGCUCAGUUGAAGACCUGUGCUUAGCACAUUACCACCAACAAGGCUUUGACCAAGGGAUCCAUGGGGAGGGCUCCACGUUCUCAACAUUAUUUGCUCUUCUGCUGUGGGACAUCAUUUUUAUGGAGGGUAUUCCAGAUGUUUUCAGAAAUCCAUACCAGACAUGUCCACUGGAUCUUUACACUGAUUGUUUCUACGAGAACAGAAAAGAGGCGAUCGAGUGUCGCGUGCAGUUACUCAGUGAGGCAUCUGUAGAGACGUUACAUGGCAUGUUGGAAGAUGUCUGGACCUCCCAGGAGGGUAAAGUGUGUUCGUUGGUCAGCUGGGAGCGUUUCUCAUCCCUUCAGCAGGCAAAGUCUCUGGUAUCAUGCAUGGGUGGAGCCUUCUUGGGCGGUGUGAUCUCACGAAUGUCAAAAGACUACAGACAUUGUCGUGCAGGACUUCCUGAUCUAGUUGUGUGGAACACAUUGAACAACAGUUACAAGGUGGUGGAGGUGAAGGGGCCCAGUGACCGGCUGUCCCAGAAGCAACAAAUCUGGCUGGAUGAGCUUCAGAAACUGGGGGCUGAUGUGGAGGUGUGUCACGUGGUGGCUACUGGAGCCAGAGGAGCUCGUCUGGAAUAAACAGACACGGAACAACUGACUGACAAGACUUUGCUGCUAGAACAGAUGUGAAUAUUUCUAUCUCAAACACUAAGAUUUAAGCCAUUAUGAGUAUAUAGGGAAUGUUCUGUCAAGCAGUGUGCCUUGCGACACGUGACAUUAUCAUUCUGCAAACUGCUGCCUUCAACAGAACGAGGUGCAUCAUGAGAUGAAGAUCAUCAUUACGAAGUGCCAGGAUCAGAAAUAGCUUGCUUUGGAAAAUCAGAGCUGAUGCAUGACAGGAUCCAACCACAACGUGAAACUCAUGGUGUCUCCUUUUCUUUGGCAACACUAUAUUCUCACGAUCUUGGGUUGCCAAGCAACGAAAAAUCACCUUUAGUUAGCUGUUUAUGAUAUGUAUGACAGCUCCAUGAGUUUGUUAUACAAGUAUUAACUGUGAUAAUAUGUCUUUAAACUGUAAUUUCAGUCUAAAUAUCCAGUUUUUGCCACCACUCUGCCAGAAAAAUCAUCCCUUGGAUGCUGAGAAAGAAUAAAGUAAGGCGGCUGCAUUUAAUGAUUAUUUUCAUUAUUUAUAAAUGAUCGAUUAAAUGCCAGAAAAUAGCAACCAAAAAAAAAAAAACCUAUCUCAGUUCACUAGAGCCCACAAUGUCAUAACAUCAUGAUACCAUUACUUGCUGAGUCCAAAACCCAAAUUAUGUAGCUCACAGCAACAACAAACAUCACAUACUGAGAAGCUGGGACUUGUGAAUGUUUUAGCAUUUUUGUUUAAAGAUGACUCAAAUUAUUCAUUAAUCAUCAGACCGGUUACCCACUAAUUUGUGUUGAUCCAUUAAUCAACAGAAGGUGUCAAAACAAACCUGUCAGUGAGCCCUUUCAACAUGUACAAUGUAGGAGCUGUUUUGAUGCAAUGUUGCGGACACUGAAUUAUUAAAAGACUUCUUUGACAUUA